GUGUUGUUUGAGCGAUAAGUUGUUUAGCAUUUUUUAUUUUAAUCCGCAAAUUUUAUCCAUCAAAUUAAUCAAACUAGUUCCUCAAAAUGUUGGUGCUUUUUGAAACGGCGGCCGGUUACGCGAUAUUUCAGUUACUGGAUGAAAAAAAGCUUAAAAAUAUUGACAAGCUUUACGAAAAUUUUGAGAGUGCACAGUCGGCCAACGACAUGUUGAAAUUGAAACAGUUCAGCAAAUUCAAAGAUACCACUGAAGCCCUGGGGGCUGUUGCUGCCACGAUCGAAGGCAAGAUGAGCAAGCCUCUGAAGAAGUUGAUGAAGAAGUUGGUUUGUGAGGAGGUGCAAGAGGAACUGGCCGUUUCAGAUGCUAAAUUAGGAAGUCUAAUCAAAGAAAGGUUUAAGAUACAGUGUGUAGCCAACAAUCAAAUCCAGGAGUUGAUGAGGUGCAUCCGAUCACAGAGUGAAAGCCUGUUAGCUGGCCUGCCAUCUAGUGAGAUGUCGGUCAUGGUACUUGGUCUUGCUCACAGCUUGUCGAGGUACAAGUUGAAGUUCAGUCCGGACAAGGUCGACACAAUGAUCAUCCAGGCAGUGGGACUGCUGGAUGACCUAGACAAGGAACUGAACAAUUAUGUCAUGAGGGUGAGGGAGUGGUAUGGGUGGCACUUCCCUGAGUUGGGCAAACUCAUCGGGGAUAACUUGGCUUUCGUCAAGACCGUCCAAAAAAUGGGCUUGAAAACGAAUGCGGCCACAUGCGACCUUUCAGACAUCUUGCCUGAAGAGUUGGAACAGGAGCUGAAGAACCAGGCCGAGAUCUCGAUGGGCAGUGAAAUAUCAGAGGACGAUAUCACACAAAUUAGGGAACUAUGCGAAGAGGUUGUUGGGUUAACGGAUUAUCGUAGUCAGUUGUACGACUACCUAAAAAACAGGAUGUUGGCAGUGGCUCCGAACUUGACGGUGCUUGUAGGAGAGUUGGUAGGGGCCAGGCUUAUUUCACAUGCAGGGUCCUUAGUGAACCUGGCCAAGCAUCCAGCAUCAACGGUGCAAAUUCUCGGUGCAGAGAAAGCCCUCUUUAGGGCAUUGAAAACCAAACACGACACCCCAAAGUAUGGUCUCAUCUAUCAUGCUUCUAUGGUCGGUCAGACUUCUCAGAAGAAUAAGGGGAAGAUCUCUAGGAUGUUGGCAGCAAAAGCAGCCCUGGCGAUCCGGGUGGACGCACUUGGAGAGGAUGGGGGCAUUGAAAUGGCUAUGCAGGCCAAAAGCAAAUUGGAAACCAUGCUAAAGUUCAUGGAGGAAGGACAUAUGAGAAAAAUUUCUGGAUCAGGAAAAGCUAAAGCCAAAUUUGAUAAAUAUGAAAACAAAAGUACCAUCUGGACGAACCAGAGCACAACUGCAUCAACCCUGCCAAAGAAGAGGAAGUUGAUUGAAGAGAUUCCAACUCCAGAAUCAUCCACCACACCUGGGAAGGUUCAUGAGGAAAGCAGUGAGCCAAAGAGAAAAAAGAUGAAGCAAGAGGUAGAAGCUGCCAAGCAGAAAGUGGAGCUCCCACAAUCAACAUCAACCACCACACCCGCAAAGAAGAAGAAAGAUAAGCAAGCUACAGAGCAAGAAAUGGACACCUCAGUGGCCACCACAUCUGCAAAGGUUGAUGGCGAAAGUAGCGAGAAGAAGAAGAAGAAAGAUAAGCAAGCUGCAGAGCAGGAAAUGGACGCUUCAGUGGCCACCACACCUGCGAAGGUUGAUGGCGAAAGUGGCGAGAAGAAGAAAAAAAAGAAAGAUAAACAAGCUGCAGAGCAGAAAAUGGACGCUUCAGUGGCCACCACACCUGCAAAGGUUGAUGGCGAAAGUAGCGAGAAGAAGAAAAAGAAGAAAGAUAAGCAAGCUGCAGAGCAGAAAAUGGACGCUUCAGUGGCCACCACACCUGCAAAGGUUGAUGGCGAAAGUGGCGAGAAGAAGAAAAAGAAGAAAGAUAAGCAAGCUGCAGAGCAAGAAAUGACGAUUCAAUCGACACCCACCACACCUGCAAAGGUUGAUGGCGAAAGUGGCGAGAAGAAGAAGAAGAAGAAAGAUAAGCAAGCUGCAGAGCAGGAAAUGGACGCUUCAGUAGUCACCACACCUGCGAAGGUUGAUGGCGAAAGUGGCGAGAAGAAGAAGAAGAAGAAAGAUAAGCAAGCUGCAGAGCAGGAAAUGACGAUUCAAUCAACACCCACCACACCUGCAAAGCUUGAUGGCGAAAGUGGAGAGUCAAAAAAGAAAAAGAAAAAAGAGAAAAAAACCGAAGAAAAUGUUGAUUAAUUUUACCAAAUUGAAAUUUGUAUUUGUGUAAAUAUAUGAGCUGUGUGUGAAUGGUGUUGUUUGGUGAAUAACAGUUUUGACUCGUGUUCUUCGUCUGUUUUUAUGAUGAUGAUGAUUGUUGUCGUGGACAAUGUCGUUAAUCAGUUAUCAUCUCAGUUACUGUGGGGUUCGGUCGGCUUGCUACUUUUCUGACAUCCCUUUUUAUCUUUGGCCCUUCAAAUCCUCAUCUCCAUCAUUAAUACUUUUUUAGUGAUCUACCUAUAGCAACUCAAACACCUAAAGCCGAUAAUCUGCUACUCGCCUGCUUCUGCUUUUAUCUCCAAGACACAGAAUCUAUGUUUGUCUCUCAAUCUCUGUAUACGCGCAGACCCACUGUUUUUUUAUUCUCAAUUCCUUUGAACAGCACCAAGUGUUUUUAAUGUUAUAAAAAUAAGAUUUAACACAUUAAUAAAAUUUUUAAAUACGC